ACCACGCCGUUGAGGAAAAAAUCCCCGUUGGAGACAAUGAAGGUGAGAAUUCUUUUUCAUUGAAUGCAACUUCACGCAGCGACAUAAAAUUAUCAAAAUUUAAAGCUGGUGAAAAUAUCAAAUCUCCCGUGCUUGACAAUGAACCCAAACCUCAAUGGAUGUUAAUUGACAUGAGACAAAUGAAUUUAUUUUUUCAAGAGAUUGAUUGCCCAUCGUGUCACGAACAGGGGUCUUUGUUGUUUGAAAAGAGCGACAAUUUUGAUAGAUUUGGAUUUGCUGUAAAUAUUAUGUUGACAUGCCAAAACUGUCAGAUGUGUGUUGACAAACAUUACACUUCACAAAGGUCAGGUAAUAAAUCGGGUACCAAUCCCUUUCAGGUGAAUGACAUUUUUAUGCUCUUUCUGUCAGAGGUAGGACUUGGACAUGCUGCUAUGAAAAAGUUUUGUCUGGUUUUUGGAAUGGAAGGUCUCCAUCCAAAGACAUUUCAACACAAACAAAACAUUCUUUCACAGGUUGUUGUUGAAAAUACUGAGGAAGUUUUGACUCAGAGUGUUGAAAUUAUCAAACAUGCUUAUGGUGAGCAACAGACAGUUUCAAAUGAUGUACCUUUAGACAUUACUGUCAGUUAUGACGGAUCAUGGCAGAAGAGAGGCCACACUUCAAAUUAUGGUGUUGGGGCGGUUAUUGAUGUUUUGACAGGUCUAGUGAUUGAUUAUGAAGUCCUGUCAAAAUACUGCCAUGCAUGUACCCUUCAUAUCAACAGUCUAGGACAGGACACCACAGAGUUCAGACAGUGGUAUGAAGGACAUGCUGGUAGGUGUUGCCAAAAUUAUGAAGGUAGUUCCAAUGCCAUGGAAGUUGAAGCCGCUAAGAGGCUAUGGUCCCGUUCUUUGGAAAAGCAUAAUAUACGUUACACAUGUAUACUUUCAGACGGUGACAGCAAAACCCACAAGGCAAUCAACGACCUUCAACCCUAUGGACCAGACAUCAGUAUUGACAAGGAAGACUGUGUUAACCAUGCUCAUAAAAGGAUGGGCACUGCUCUUCUGAAAUUGUCAAAAGAGUUGAGAUUGGGUGGUAGGGGCAAAGGAAAGCUGACUAAAGACAAAGCUCUUAAAUUUCAGUAUUAUUACCGCUUUGCCAUCACUAACAAUGUUGGUAACAUCGAUGGUACAAGGAAUGCAAUCUGGGCAAGUUUGUUUCAUUGCAUGUCAACCGAUGAUUCUCCCCAUCACACUAGAUGUCCCACUGGUCCCUCAAGUUGGUGUUUUUAUAAUAGAGCACUGGCUAAUGAUCUUGAGCCUCCUGCUCACGCAGACAACAUCAGACAUUUUCUCGAUGCAGAAAUUGCAGAAAAGAUGGUACCUGUGUAUCAAAGAAUGUCUGAUGAAAACCUCCUUAAGAGGAUGGUGAAAGGCAAGACACAGAAUGCUAAUGAAUGCUUGCAUUCUGUGAUCUGGUCCCGUUGUCCGAAGACCGUCUUUGUGGGUGCAAGGCGGUUGCAUCGGGCAGUGGCGUCUGCAAUAGCUUCGUUCAAUGAGGGUACUUGUCACAUUACUCAGGUAAUGAACAAGCUUGCAAUAGAAGCUAAUGAAAUAACAGCAGCUUCUGUUGAAAGACUUGAUAAUGUGAGAACCCUCAAAGCAAGGAAGCAAAGCCAGGAGACAUCUAAGAUGGAACGUAGUGCAAAGUGGGAGGCUAAAAAAAGGGACCGAGUUCAUGUUGACGCAGCUGAAGGCUUGUUGUAUGGUGCUGGGGAGUUUUAAGUCCUGUUAUUUCUUUGUACAUGCAUUGUUUUAUGUAUCUUGAAUACAUCCCAUCAGUAAACUAAGAUUUUGUAAGUGUUUAAUAGGUGCUUUAGGAAGAAAACCAUAUACAAACUUAU